GAUGUAUAGAAAGAGAAUUCAAAGAGAAGAAAGACAGAGAGAGAGAGAGAGAGAGAGAGAGAGAGAGAGAGAGAGGGAGAGAGAGGGAGGGAGGGAGGGAGGGAGGGAGGGAGGGAGGAAGAAAGAGAAAGAGAAGAAAGAAACCGAAAGUCAGGUUGAAAAGACGUUGAAAUUGAUUGAACACGUGGGUAUUAGAGGAGACGGAGGAUUUACAAAGUUUUGCGACAGUCUUAGUUUAACGGGACAUUGCUAUUUAGCAGACUUCCUUAGAGAUGAAGCAUGUGCAUCUUUGGAAGAGAGAAAGAGUCAAACUGAUCAAAUUUCAAGUCAUUUGCCAAAGAAUUUCUUAAAAAAUGUUACCGAAAAGCAAAAGGAAGAAUUUAUAGCUCUUAUUAAAGAUCUUAUUAACGAAUUAGCUUUGAAGCAAGCCUGGAAAAAUGAAAAUAAGGAAAAAGAAAAGGCGAUGGAUGCUAAACAACAACAACUAGAGGAUGCUUGGAAGUACAAAGAGAUAAUAGCCGAGAGGGAUCUAACUAUAAAAACACUCGAAGAGUCUUUAAUUGUUGCCGUUAACGAGGCUUCUGAUCAUGAAAAGAUUGUCUACGACCUCAAUAAGAAGAUCGAAAAGCUCAAAGAAGAUCAUGAAUUGCAAUUAGGAAAACAGAUGAAAUUCAAUAUGGCAAAUGAAAAAUCCCUGCAAAGACUCACUGAAAAGCAAAUGGAGAAUGACAAAGCUUUUAGCGACUUGAAUGAUAAAAUGGAAAAGGAAUUAAAUAGGUAUAAAAGUUUAUUGGAAUUGCAUAGGCCUACUUCGGCUGAAAUACUCGAUACCGCCGUCACACCGACUGACAAGGCGAGGAAACAUUUAGAUUUAAUUCUAAGAAGACUAAACGAUUUUGAACAAGUACAAUCGCAAUUAGACGCUGUCAUGGUGGAGAGGGAUACCCUAUUGAAACGUCUAGACAUUGAUAAGAAAAACGUUCCAGAAAUUGGUAAAUUAGACGAAGUAUGGCUUUCCUAUACAGCUGGAGUCGAGAGUCGAAUAGCUGAAUUGGAGACGUAUAUCGCCUCCAAAGACAAUGAUAUUGUCAAUUUGGAAAGGAAAAGGGAAGAGGGAAUAAUGCUAAAGCAUAAUUAUCUACAAUUGGAAGAGGCCAUCUCGAAGAGAGAUAAGCAAAUUUCAGUUCUGCAGAAUGAAAUUAUGAAAUUAAAAAAUGAGUUGGACAAAUUUAGGGACGACGCUAAGAAGGAUUCAAUAAGAAUCAAAAGGCCAAGAACUCCUAUAAGGAAAUUCUCGGCAAGGAGAAAUUCUUUAGCAAGUAGCCUUCUCGACUUGGAGGAGGAGACUGGUAAAAAAGAUUCCGGUUCACCCAUGCCCAUACGUUCUAGAAAGGACAAACUGCACAACGGCAACCUAUUUGCAUCGGAUGAUAAUCAAAGAGGGUCUACAAUGGCUCAAACAACUUACGGAGCUUCUAAUGAAACGUCUAUAUCCCUCCCUUCUUUAACUAAAAACCCUCUGACAAAGUCUCAUCACAAGGUUACCGCAGCCUUACCUAAGAAUGGCCGACCGCUAGGUAGUUAUUUGCAGCAAGCGCCACCUAGUAGCUUUCUACAAGUAUCGGCUUUUCAAGGAAACGGAGGUAUAACUAGUAACUAUUCAAAGAGUAUGAACACAGUUUCGGAGAUAGCAAAAAGAAACUCUAGGUUUUGA